AACUGUGCUAGGGACAGGGAAGCCCAGAAGUUACUACCAGUCCCCACAGACAGCCAGGUCGUUCAAGGCAGCAGCAUCAUCCUUUCGUUGUCAAAAAAAGGAAGCAGCAUCAGGUGCCAGGGGUAAGGCCAAAGGCUGGUACACAUUAUCGCUUUCUGCUUUUCUUGUGCCUGCAGUUCGAAAUAUGCCUGCCCCUCCCAGAACACACUCCAAGGAUCCCUGCUGAGAUGUAUAUAUAUGAUCCUGUCAGUUUUGGUUGCAUCAGGGAUUCAGAUCUCAGGCGUGGAUAAUACUACUGAUCGAUCAGUACGUAACAUCUGCCAUAGCCUGGCCUGCUGAUCUAGCAAGAUAGAGGCCAUCGACCCAUAUUCCAUGCAAAUGCCUUUCUGCCCGAAGCUGUGGGACCGGAGCCCGACCCCGCCCGAGAACAGCAUCGCCAUCGAUGGCACCGUGGUCGUCACCAACAACUUCGGCUUGUCCGCGCCCGGCAAGUCCACCACACUGCGCCUCUUCAGCGGCACGCAGAUUGAUCACCAGACGAGGAAGGGGAAGCUGAGCGGGGAGGCGGCGCUGAGGGGCGGCAAGAAGAGCAAGCACGGGAAGACGAGCACGACGACGUACCACGUGACGUUCGUGGUGGACGCCGAGUUCGGCACGCCGGGCGCCGUGGUCGUCAAGAACGGCAACCGUAAUGACCACUUCUUCCUCCGCCACGUGCAGCUGGAGCUCGCCGCCGACCGCAGCCUCCACUUCGAGUGCAACUCCUGGGUCUACCCCUACAAGAAGUCCAACUCCGACCGCCUCUUCUUCAUCAACACGAGUUAUUUGCCGGCCAAGACGCCGGAGGCGCUGGUGCUGCUGAGGGACGAGGAGCUGAGGAGCCUGCGAGGGAACGGCAGGGGCGAGAGGAAGGACUGGGAGCGCAUCUACGACUAUGACUGCUACAACGACCUUGGCAACCCCGACAAACCGGACCACGUCCGGCCCGUCAUCGGCGGCACUCGGACACACCCUUACCCGCGCCGAUGCCGGACUGGCCGUCCUCUCAGCAAGACCGAUGAGGUGACGGAGACGCGGAAGCACAUGAUCAACCUGGACUUCUACAUCCCGCCGGACGAGCGGUUCAGCCCGGGGAAGCUGGCGGAGGUGCUGACGCUGGCGGUGCAGGCGGUGACGCACUUCGUGGUGCCGGAGGUGAGGACGCUGGUCCAUGGGAACGACUUCAGGUCCAUGGAGCAGCUCAGGAACGACCUGUACAGCAAGCCCGCGCAGCCGGCCGUGGACGGCGAGGUCUUGGAGCAGCUCAAGUCCUCCGUGCCCUCACACAAGACCUACAAGAAGGUGGCCAAGGCCGUCAAGGAGAACCCCGUCAAGUUCCCCACCCCACAAGUCAUCCAGCAUGACCAUGAGGCGUGGAGGACCGAUGAGGAAUUCGCCAGGGAAAUGCUUGCUGGGCUCAACCCUGUUACUAUCAAGAGAUUACAGGAGUUUCCACCGGUUAGCAGCGGAGGGAAGAAGAGCUCCAUAACCGCCGCGCAUAUCGAGAGCCAGCUUGAAGAUGUAACCAUUGAAAUGGCAAUGCUUCAGAACAGGCUGUACAUCCUGGAUCACCAUGACUACCUGAUCCCGUACCUGAGGCGCAUAAACACGCUGGGGGUGUGCAUCUACGCGUCUCGCACGCUGCUGUUCCUCAAGGGCGACGGUACCCUGAAGCCGGUCGUGAUCGAGCUGAGCCUGCCCAGCGGCACCGAGGGCGACGGCGAGAUCAGCAGGAUCUUCCUCCCUGCGGGCCAUGCAACGGCCGACGCUCACCUGUGGAACCUCGCCAAGGCACAUGUCUCCGUCAACGAUUCAGGGUACCAUCAGCUCAUUAGUCACUGGCUGUUCACCCACGCGACGGUGGAGCCGUUCAUCAUCUCGACGAAGAGGCAGCUGAGCGCGAUGCACCCAAUCCACAAGCUCCUGGAGCCGCACCUGAAGGGCACGAUGCAGAUCAACACCUUGGCGAGGAGCAUUCUCCUCAACGCCGGGGGUAUCCUUGAGAGGACCUUGUACCCGGGAAAGUACGCCAUGGAGAUGUCCUCCGACAUCUAUGGCCACUGGAGGUUUACCGAGCAGUCCCUGCCAAAUGAUCUCAUCAAGAGGGGGAUGGCCACCAAGGACCCUGGGAUGCCCGGUGGCCUGUCUCUGCACAUCGAGGACUACCCAUACGCCGUGGACGGCCUGGAGGUGUGGCGGGCCAUCGAAGGGUGGGUGCGCAGCUACUGCGCGCACUUCUACCACCGCGACGAGGAGGUCGCCGGGGACGCGGAGCUGCAGGCGUGGUGGGACGACGUGCGCUCCGUGGGGCACGGCGACCGGCAGGGCGACCCGGCGUGCUGGCUGGAGCUGCAUUCCGUCGAACACCUUGCGGACACGCUGUCGACGCUCAUCUGGAUCGCCUCCGCGCUGCACGCCGCCGUCAACUUCGGUCAGUACGGGUACGCGGGGUUCCCGCCGAACCGGCCCACCCGGUGCCGCCGGUUCGUGCCGCUCCCCGGGUCGGCGGAGAUGACGCAGCUGCAGGCCGACCCGGAGAAGUUCUUCCUGCAGAUGGUGCCCGACAGGUUCACGGCCACGCUGGGGCUGGCGCUCAUCGAGGUGCUGUCGAUCCACACCUCCGACGAGGUGUACCUCGGGCAGAGGGAGACGGCGACGUGGACGGACGACGGCCAGGUGCUGCAGCUGCUGGACCGGUUCCGGGAGGAGCUCCGGCGGGUGGAGAAGCGGGUGGCGGAGAGGAACAAGGACCCGCGGCUGAGGAACCGGAUGGGUCCCGUCAAGGUGCCCUACACGCUGCUCUUCCCGGACGUCGUCGCCCAGGAGAAGGGGCUCACCGGGAAAGGGAUCCCAAAUAGCGUCUCCAUAUGACCCGUCGUGUAUAUCCUCAUCGUCCAUCGAUCGACGGCACUGUAUAUCCCCGUGUGUUUAACUGCUUUUGAUUGGGAUUUGGACGUGUUUUUCCCUUUUUUUUUUCUAGUACGUCAAAACUACUUGUAAAGAUUCAAUUUGGUGGUGAGUACAUUCCUCGUUCUCUUCCUCAUAUUCA